AUGUUCCUCGUGUUUUGCUCUUCAAUUACGUAUAAGCACUACUUCAUAUCGCGUGAGUUCAUCGGGAUCUCUGCCCAAACCAAGAAUCCUAGUGCCACAACGAACACCGGAUCUAUCACUCGUGGGAAUUGGAACCACCGUCGCAUUCGCAAGAACUUCAAAUUUGUCGGCGAUGCUCGUCACCUCGGCCUCGGUCUCGGCCUCGAGGCAACAUUCCAGAGCGAAGCCAAGAAAUCUAGUAAGGAAGCCAUUGAUAAUUUUAGCAAGACGGCUGAGUCUGGGAUGAGAAUCUUGGGCAUCGAUAUCCAGCCUUCUAAGUCCAACACGAGUAGCUUUUCUACGUCUAAGAGCGAUGUUAAGUUCGACUCUGACAACGGAAAAAUCUCCAUUUGUCCGGAGAGUGACCUCAACCCUAUCGUGCUAGGCAUUCUUGGAAGCAAGAUCAGGUUGUAA